CUGGACGCUGUUUUUCAAGAAUCAUCGAGAUGUGUUACACAGAACAGACGUCCAGGAAGCCCGUUUUUUCCCUGAGCAGCAGGAGUGGGCCUUCAUGAUGAAGCAGGACAACCCACAGCCCACACAUAUGAAACAGGAAGAGGAGGCGCCACAUGCCACCAACAUUAAAGAGGAAGACGAGGAACACAGCAUCAGUCAGAAUGGAGAGCAUCAUGAAGGACUGGAGGAGGUUGAUGUCCUCAAGAUGCCAUUGACUGUAGUCAUUGUGAAGAGUGAAGAUGAUGAGGUCAAAAGUGAAAGUGAGGAGAAGAGAGAGGUGGAGCCUCCAAGCAGCAGCUCAACUCAACACAUGACAACAGAAGAUGAUGGAGACCACUGUGGAGGAUCACAAGCAGACAAGCUCUUAGCUCCACUAUCAGAUAGUGACGACAUGACGUCACUAUCUUCUGACACUGAUGAUGAAGACUCUGAAGCUGAUACAACAUGUCACACUGACAACACACACUUUGAAUGUUCUCACUGUGGCAAACCUUUUAAUUAUCGUCGUAAUCUUAAAACACACAUGAGAAUACACGCUGGUGAAAAACCUUUUUCCUGUUUAAGCUGUGGUAAAAGAUUUACACAAAAGCAUCAUUUGAAAAUACACAUGAGAACACACACUGGAGAAAAACCUUUUUCUUGUUCAAUCUGUGGUAAAGGUUUUACAAGCAGUCAUAAUUUGAAAACACACAUGAGAACUCAUGCUGGUGAAAAACCUUUUUCUUGUUCAGUCUGUGGAAAAAGUUAUACACUUAAUCAUCAUUUGAAAGGACACAUGAGAACACACACUGGUGAAAAACCUUUUUCCUGUUCAAGCUGCGCUAAAUGUUUUACACACAAUAUUAAUUUGAAAACACACAUGAGAACACACACUGGUGAAAAACCUUUUAUCUGUUUAAUCUGUGGUAAAGGUUUUGUACGAAAUAGUGAUUUGAAAGCACACAUGGCAAUGCACGCUGGUAAAAAACCUUUUUCAUGUCCAAACUGCGCUAAAGGCUUUGUACAAAAAGAUAAAUUGAAAUUACACAUGAGAACACACGCUGGUAAAAACACUUUUUCCUGUUCAAACUGUUCUAAAGGUUUUGUACGAAAAGAUACCUUGGAAAGACACAUGAAAACACACACUGGUGAGGAAACGUGAGUUGCUGUGUCAAUGACGAAAGAUUCUCUUCAAAGUACCAGUGUAAGAAACACAAGUGAGAUCUUCAACAGAAAAUGAAUCUGCAGGAUUUUAAAUAAACUGUCAAAACUUU